AUGCGCUUCACGCUGCCCGUUCUUGCCCUGGCCUCCGCGGCCCUCGCCCUCCCCGAGUCCGCCCAAACGAUGGCCAAGCUCAGCAACUCGGCCGCCUUCGCCAAGCAGGCCGAGGGCGCGACCUGCGACGUCGGCUCCAUCUCGUGCUGCAACGCGGCCACCCAGACCGAGAACGGUCUCCUGGGCGGUCUCCUUGGUGGAGGACUUAUCCGCUCGCUUUCGGGUAAUGAUGGGAGUGCUUGUGCCAAGGCGAGUUUGAUUGAUGAGUUGGGACUUCUUGCUCUCGUCGAACACACCGAGACCGGCCCCGUCUGCAAAAACAUUGUCGCUUGCUGCCCUGAAGGCACUACCACUUGCAUUGCCGUCGACAACGCUGCCGGUACCGCUGAGGGAAGCGCCUAA